AUGGCUUUCAUCUUAGUGACAUUAUGCUGUGCCUUUGCAGGCUUAGGCUCGUUCUUGUUCGGGUAUGACUCGGGCGUCAUCUCGUCGAGUAUUGAGCAGGAUGCUUUCAUAGACCGAUUUGGGUCUCCCCAACUAUCUGAUGCGGCCAGUGGAGGAAUCAUCUCGUCCUACACCGGAGGGGCCAUUGUGGGCUCGCUGCUUGCACCUUAUAUCUCUGAUUCCUUUGGACGCAGAAUGGUGAUAUUCAUCGGUGGUUUUCUUGCCACUCUAGGGGCUGCGCUUCAGGGAGGGGCGGUCACUAUUGCGAUGCUAAUCGCUGGUCGAUUCAUCGCCGGGCUCGCCAUCGGCAUGAUGUCUGCAACUAUUCCCGUCUACUGCAGUGAGAUUGCGCCGCCUCAUAUUCGCGGCUUGCUAGCAAGUAUGCAACAAUGGAUGAUUGGAGUGGGAAUUAUGGUUGCCCAAUGGGUCGGAUACGGCUGUUCGCUACGCACAGGCGAAUUCACCUGGCGAUUCCCGCUAUCAUUGCAAACAGCACCCGCGCUGAUUCUCACCUGUGGGAUCUGGUUUCUCCCCGAGUCACCGCGCUGGCUGAUCGAAAUCGGCAACGAGCAGGCAGGCCGCUCUGUGCUGACCCGCCUACAUCUGAACCACGGUGCAACCAAUGGGCAACUCGUUGAACAUGAACUCAACCAGAUCAACGCGAGCAUUUCUCAUGAAAAUGGAUCAGUGGUCCGCUCUUGGCGCCAGGUCCUUCUUUCCAAACAAUGGCGCUACCGACUCCUUCUCGCCUGCGGCCUGCAAGCAUUCACGCAAACAUCUGGCACAAACGUAAUUCAAAACUACGGUCCUAGGUUAUACAAAUCUCUGGGACUAUCAACAUCGACUUCUCUCAUGAUCAUUGGAGUCUGGGGAGCUCUGGCAGUCCUCUGGAACACGCUUUUCAUGCUUUUUAUCGACAAAGUCGGACGACGAAAGCUACUCAUUCCAUCACUGCUGGGCAUGGGCGCCGCCAUGUGCGUCGAAGCCACGCUCGCCAAACACAUUGAUUUUAGCGACAGCAAUGCCAACCGAGACGCACUCCGCGCAGCGAUCGCCAUGUUCUUUGUAUUCUCUUUUUUCUUCACUGCCCUCGGUCUGAUUUCCUGGAUCUACCAGUCCGAGAUCUUCCCUACAGCAAUCCGAGCCCGUGGAUCUUCGAUGGCUACUGCAACGAACUGGACUUUGAACCUGAUCUUUGCGCAGUGCUCGCCUAUUGCGCUCACGAAGCUCGGAUCUAAGUACUUCUACUGUUUUGUCGGGUUCAACUGGGCUGCCGUCUUCUUGGUUUACUUCUAUUUCCCAGAGACUGUUGGUCGGUCUCUCGAGGAAGUGGAAGAAGUGUUCAAGGAGACGAAAGAAGAGCCUGAAAUCACAGCUGGCGAGGCCACCCGUGAACGUGCACCAUCUCGAUCACACGUCAAGCACAAAGGCAUAGAUCCGCUGUCUAUGCAUCCAACUGCUACAAAUGGCAGUUGGAGUAGCAAGAGCGCAUCUUCUCCGAAGGUAUGGAGCAAGAAAGCGGAAGAAGUAUGA